UUUUUUUUAGGGAGAGGGCUACAACUCCUUAGGAUCUCCGUAAUGGUGCAAAUGCGAGAGUGAUUCACUCCCGCAACAUUUGCGCUCAUUCUAAACAUUUCCUGACUUUCUUUACGUAAAUAAAAUGAUAUUCUAUGUUUCUUAGUCAAUAUAUAAAUUUACAACCUGCAACUUUAAAUUUGUGAGGCUCUAUUCUUCUGUUUUCAACAAUUUCGAUAAAUUCCAAUUUCUCGAUUCAUAUUUGUGCACCAUGUUUGAUGUACUGAAGUUUCAACUUCCGGUUGUCAAGUCAUUUGCAUAUGCCAUAUAAGGUAGUAUUUACAUCAAUGGACAAGUAUGGAGGCGAAAGCUAUUUCGUCGGUAUUAAAAAGGUUGGAAUUUAAUAUCAAGUUAAAAACCGAACAGCAGAGUGUAAAUUCUUUCUGCAACAAUAUGAUUUUCCUUUCUUUGUCGAAGUGGAUUGAGUAAUUACAUUUUCGCGCUGAUUGUCAAUGUUUAGGCUUUUCAUUAGAUCCACCUACGAGAUCUCGCGAUAACAAGCAUGGCGGAACAGACGAAGAAUUUUGCAUGCUGUACAUUAUAUUUAAUGAAAAACACCUUUAUUAGACAUGCCCGAGCACAAAGUUGGUACUCCUUUUGGUGUAAACAACAUUUGGGACUAAUACAUAGAGUUUAUUAUCGGUUAUUCAUAAAAUUAUUUUGCACCAUUACGGAGAUCCUAUGGAAUUGUAGCCCUAUCCCGAAAACGUCAGAAUAAAAAAAAAUUGGACAGGGCUACAUUAUUGCAGCUAAAUGGCCGUAAGCGCCGAGCAUAGGCCUAAAUUUUGCAGCCCUUCGCCGGCAAUGGUGACGUCUCCAUAUGAGUGAAAUAUUCUCUAUAGGGGAGUUAAACAAUAUACAAUCAAUCACUCAAUCAUAUUUAUAAUAUUGUAAAUGAGUACUCUGUUUACCUGAUCAAGAUGGAGGACUUACGGCAGAUUUGAUCGGUCAACAGGGACUACUCAUUCCCCCGAAACACCUGAUCUGGUGUUUCCAGGGGUCCCUGAUUGCCUUUCUCUCUACUCUGUAUUCUUUGUGAAAUUAAUGAGAAUAAUCAGUGUUCGCUGUAAAAUGGCUGAAAUAAUGCAACCCCCCCCCCAAAAAAAAAACCCUGCGUAAAACCAUAAGCAAUCAACCAAUUGUUAUUACAAUAGCAAGUGCACUUUGUCAUCAGAAUUCACACUUGUCAUCUUAAACAUGAAUAGGUUUCUUUGAUUCACUUUAAAUUCCCUACAUCUCUGCCUCACGAUUCUUUUCGACAAGUACGAUUUCAAUAAAUGUAUUGCUGAUAUUUGUUGUCUUAAUAUCCACUUGAAAUUCUUGUAUUGAUUUGGUAUGAAUCCGUUCAUUGACUUGGUAAGUAGAUCAUUUUUCCCACAUUCGGACCCUGGUAUCCUAUAUUCUCAUUUCACAUCACACGAUAGAACAUUUAUGUUUUUCUCUAGUAAAGAAUAGUUACAGAAAACUACACAUAAGGACAUAGGCACAUGACUUUAAGACCCACGCUCCCUUUGAUCCACCACCAUCUCUUUCAAUGUGCAAAACAAAACUAAGAAUAUUUCCUGAAAUUUGUGGAUUCUAUGUUUAUAGGGUUUUCCAUUCCCAAUGUCAUUUUUUUUGCAACUGUUUUUCAAACUCUUUGUUUCACAGAGUUUUACAGGAUUAAACAUGUAAACAGUGAGGGGUCCUCAAUAGGGAUUGAAUACGCUCUGACACCAUAUUUCCAGUCACGAACAGGGUAUGGAGAUGUAGUGAGACGGGUCUUAUGUGACUUCGACAAACUGUUUUUAUGCAUAUUAUUUCCACGAUGCAUCGUUAUUGACUAUGGAACUCCGACCACUAAGACGAACCGAAAUAAAUUCACACACUGUCGAAAUUCAUUUCGUCCAUUCCAAAUUGGGUGAUGGAUCAAAAGGAGUGUGGAUCUGUAGGUCAGGUGUUUGUGCAUAAUUAUGAUACUAAAUUAUGUAAGCCGAGUUCAGACAUCUCUGUUUUCAACAAUCGCGAAGCCUAGAACACUUUGAAGGUUAGGGGGGAGUUGUGACGUCUGGGAAGGUUUGAAGGUUAGGGGGGAGUUGUGACGUCUGGGAAGGUUUGAAGGUUAAGGGGAGUUGUGACGUCUGGGAAGGUUUGAAGGAUAGGCUGGGUUGUAUGGCUUUCUCAGCACCUUUACUUUAUCAUCGUUUAUUUUUAUGCAUUGCUACAAGUAAAAAAGAAAUAAUACCGGGAUGUGAUGUAAAGUGAGAUCUUAAGAUUUGACCUAGCGUGUUUGUUCUGAUAUCUAGAAUUUUAAACUGCAAAGUCACCAGUUAAAUCUGGUGUUUGCUUUCAUUUCUGCGUGCAGUAUAACACGUCAUUUGCUUUACCCGUAAGUGCCCGGCUAUUUAACAAAUGCAUAAAUGCUAACACUUCCUGCGUGCCUCUUAGUGAAGUGCAGGGUCAACGUAUAGGAAAAACAGAAGCAAAUAUCUAAAAACAGAAAUGUGUGCACAUGCAUAAAAAUGAGACUGCUGGCUUUCGUGUUUUUAUAUGUGGAGUUAUCGGAGUGUGUGGAUGCUGCCUGCCAAUCCAAUAACAUCGAAGUACAGGGAAACGGUUAUACCGGGGUCACUGUAGCCAUAUCCAACAAGCUGGGGCCUCAUGAAAUCGACAUCCAAAAAAUCAAGGAUCUAUUCACGGCCGCUUCCGCCCAACUGUACCGAUCAUCCAAACAACAUCUCUUCUUUAAAGACAUCACCAUCGUGAUUCCAAAAUCAUGGCCACGUAAUUACACCAAUGAUACUGUCAGCGGACCACAACUACAUUCUGCCCACGUCAUUGUGGAUCAACCCAACCCCCUCGCGGAUAACAGGCCUUAUGUGUCCGGUAUGACCGGAUGUGGGCAGCCUGGAAAACAGAUACAUUUAGAACCAUUCAUGGUACAAAUUCUUCCGGCUGUAGGAUAUGCAGACAAAUUGUUGGUACAUCACUGGGGUCAUUUUCGAUGGGGUCUAUUUGACGAACAUGGCGAUAAAGAGUCCCCAGUCCAGACAUCCAACACCAACACGUGGUUUUAUUCGUCGGAAGGAACAUUCAAACCAAACAUAUGCGCUAAAGGUAUCAAAGGUAAAUCUAGGUUGAAAUAUUGUGGGAAUAAUGCACCAUGUGCCCUAGAUAAUAAAGGACUACCUACAAAAGACUGCAAAUUUUGUGUGGACGAAACAGGGAAUACAGAGAGGGCGUCCAUUAUGGGAAAACCAGAGAUCUCAAGCGUGACAGAGUUUUGCGAUGACGAUACCAGUGACGUUCCACAUAACAAGGAGGCUGACACGCCCCAUAACAGAAUCUGUAAAGGAAAGAGCGCCUGGGAGAUAAUGAGACUGCAUUCCGAUUUCAAAGGCACCACCCCGGGCUCGACCUCGCUAAGUACUGUGCCGACAUUCCGAGUGGUACAACAAAGGGCAGGUCAGACCGUUGUCAUGGUAUUAGACAGAUCCGGAAGUAUGAAUAGUAAUCAAAGAAUUACCAAGUUGAAAGAGAUAUCAUCCAUCUUUAUAAUGAACUGGUUAUCCAACGGUAGUUCUAUUGGAGUUGUGACGUUUGACGACGAUGCAAAGAUUGUUGCCCCAAUAACUUCCGUGGUGUCAGAGAGUGUGCGACGUGAGUUGACGACAUUGAUUGACAAAAUUGAAGCCAAUGGCCGUACGUCUAUAGGAUUAGGUCUUCGGAAAGGAUUAGAGUUACUAAAAGCAAAUGGAGAAAGCAUCAACGGAAGUGAAAUAAUUUUGGUGUCGGAUGGGAAAAAUAAUGUUUCACCAGCAAUAGACGAUGUUCGAGAUGAAAUUCUAGCAGCCAAUGUUAUCGUCACUACUGUGGCUAUCGGAAACUUGGCGGAUAAGGAUAUGGAGAAAUUGGCAAAGGAUACGGGAGGAUCGAGUCACUUUUAUUCCGGAGAGAUGCAGUCCACGGCCCUUAGCGACAGUUUCGUAAAAUUUGCUGAGUGUACUUCCGACGAAGAGUCUAAAAUGCACCAGAUAGAGAGUGAAAGCUUGAGGGUGAUGAAAUAUCAGAAUUACAGUACGGUUAUCUCUAUUGAUGACACGAUAGGACGCGACACGGUGGUACUAUUACAGGGCCCUCGUGUGCAGUUUAGUUCAGUGUCGCUGUCAGGACCUACAGGCAGAGUCCAAACGUCCGAUAAUUGCACUGGUUCAUGUCGCAUAAUGAUUGAUGGUGUAGCAGAGGUAGGUGAAUACGUGAUAGACAUUUCGUCAUCUGUGGACACAGAAACCAUAUUGACAUUGACGGUACAAUCGUAUUCGAGAGAUCCCUCAGUUGAUGUCUUCACUGCGACCUCAUGGAUCUUAACAGACUCCCUGGAUUUCUCGCCAUCUACCACACUUGUUAUGUAUGCUUUGAUUAGAAAGGGAGCAUCUCCAGUCCUCGAUGCAGACGUCGCAAUGACUGUAGAAAAUUUGGAAGGUCACGUGAUGACAAUUGAUCUAUUUGAUAAUGGCGUAGGUGAAGACAUGUUGGAAGGAGAUGGGCUCUAUACCGGAGUGAUUUUGCCUUCACAAAUACAAUCAAACGGCAGACACAGCCUCAAACUGAUAGUGACAGGAAAAAGUGGUGAAACGAAAAUCCUGAUACCAAAAGCGAAGAGGAAGAAAAGGGCAGCACAAGACGAAGUCCCACCCACUGAUCUGGAAACCAAGGCUGUUAAUGCAUUCAAACGUGUGGAAUCAAGCGGAACAUUUACUGUAUUGAAUUAUUCACCAGAGGCCACAGCUAAUGACAGCAUACCUCCUGCUCGGAUCACUACGCUACAGGUUGUGUACUCAGAGGGCAAUCAUUUUAAUAUCAGCUGGGAUGCUGUCGGAGAUGACAUCGCAUACGGGAAUGCUACAUCCUACAAAAUUUUGUUGUCAAAGAACUACUCUACUUUGCUGAACUCACCGGAAAAUGUAAGCCCUCUGAAUGGAAACAUACCCACACCCAAACUUCCGGGAAAUACCGAAGUAUUUUCUUUGACCUUACCGGAAGCCAGUGCCACUUACUAUUUAGCUGUUCGUGCUGUUGACGAGUUUGGGAACGAGGGAGACAUCUCUAACAUUAUAUCCUUGUCUGUGGUUACUGACAACACAUGGCGACCGGUCGAAGUGAACCCCUCAUCCAUGUCUUAUGAGCAUCUGUUGGUUUCUUCUUGCGCAGCAGCCUUUGUAGUUCUAAUUGUUAUUCUAUGCGGAUGUUGUAUUUACAAAAGACGAAAUAGACCUAAGAGAAAAGCAAAAUCAAAGAAAGGGGAAUUAAGAAAUGACUUCUCGAACAGUCGUGAGUUUGGACGAGAUCCGAGACACAGUAUGUACAUGUAUCAGUCGCAGAUCCAUAACGAGUAUAAUACCAGACCUCCUAGACACCAUGUCUCAGCAUAUGGUUCCCAUUUAUACCACAUUUCAUGAAUAUUAAAGUCCUUGCGGUUCACAUUGAAAUCCUCUUUUUAUAUCUUUAAGGGAAAAUGUUUCUGAUAGAAGUCGUGUCACAGAAUAUUUCCAAGAAUCAAAAUUACCUACUGCUAUCAUUGUUCAAAUUUUAUCCUAGGCAUCUGAUCCCACCUCUGGUAUAUUCAGGGGUCUGUGUUUGCCCAGCUCUCUAUUUUGUAUUGCUUAGAGAAGUUAAGAGAUUGAUCACUGUUCGUUAUCUUUUCCUUUCAUUCUGGAAAAGACAUUUUGAAAACCUUGUUAAAAUGAUAUAUAUAGGAAUCAUAAGAAUAAUAUGGAACAUGUAUUUCGAUUCCUUAACAAAUGCAUGUUUAAAAAUGCUUUUAUAUUGCUACACUUGUUACCCUGUAUGGAAAACUGAAACAAAUGUUGAACGAACAAAAGAAAGAUAUCAGUUUCACAAAAAACCGAGUAGCAAUGGAUAUCCUGAGCAUUGGAUAUCAUUAACCACCACCAAACGGUGUGUUCAGAAAAUGGAAUAUCACUUUCAGAGUAUUUGAUUUACAAAACACUCGCUAGUACCAUGCUAAAUAUGUUUUACAUGGAUUAACGCCAUGCCAUCAAAGGUGUUUGUUUUUAAAAAUAUUUCUAAAAUGAAAGAAAAGCUUAAAAGUACAGGGGUCCGUUUUUGCCUUACUCUUCAUUAUGUAUUGAUUGAUCGCUGUUCAUUAUCUUCACCUUUUCUAUUUGCGUUAUGAUUACGAGAUUGAUUACUGUUCAUUAUCGUCACCUUUUCAUGAUUAAUAUGAAGAAAUGAGACUAGAUACUAUAAUACUCUCGCAAUGUAUUUUUUCAUGAUGUACUUUGACAUGUCUUAUUGAUCUACAAAAUGUCCAUUACUGUUUCUUAUUCGCCAUGUGGGUGAUUUUUUUUAACAAAUAGUUUAUACUUGUUUGUUUAUGUGUUAUAAAUGGAGCCAUAUUAAACUUUCUUCGAUUAAUAAAAAAUGUUUAAAGACA